UGGAUCUGCCGCUGCUUUCAAUGUAAUCCUGUCUCUCCCGGCACACAGUCGUCCGACAUGGCGACUAUGAAGAAGGCUUUCUACGGAGCGGGCAGCAUCUAAACUCAAACUGGCUCCAAAGAGCAGUAGAAACUACGCCUGGAAGUGGAUGUAAAGCCCUCCGUUCAUUCGGAUAUAUACACCGGACAACUGCCCACAUUAUUUACGGAAAGGCUGGAUGACAGCAGAGCGGACCACCAUGGUGGUGCCAGAGAGGGAACCUUUGGGCCCGAGGCCGUCCCCGGGCCAGCGCCUAGGGGCCCCGGAGACUCUGGGCAUCAGCACCCUGGACCCCGGCCACCGGCCCCCCGCCAUGCCCCCGGGGAGACACGUCGCCGUCAGGGUCCGCAUGCUCGACGACACGGAGGAGAUCUUCGACAUCUCGCUACGUGCCUCGGGCAAGGUUCUGUUUGACCUCGUGUGCUCCCACCUCAACCUCAUCGAGGGCGACUACUUUGGUUUGGAGUUUCACGACCAUCGCAAGAUGAAUGUCUGGCUGGAUCUCCUGAAGCCAAUCAUGAAGCAGCUUAGACGACCCAAACACACGGUCCUGAGGUUCGUGGUCAAGUUCUUUCCUCCCGAUCACGCCCAGUUACUGGAGGAGUUCACCAGGUACCUGUUUGCCCUGCAGGUCAGGCAGGAUCUGGCUUGUGGACGACUGACUUGCAACGACAGUAGCGCCGCCCUGCUGGUCUCCAACCUCAUCCAGUCUGAGAUCGGGGACUUUGAGGAGACCCUGUGUCGGUCGCACCUCCUCAACAACAACUACAUUCCAGACCAAAUGGCCCUGAUUGAUAAGAUCAUGGAGUUCCACUCUAAGAAUGUGGGCCAGACGCCGGCGGAGUCCGACUUCCAGCUGCUGGAGGUGGGCCGCAGGCUGGAGAUGUACGGGGUACGACUGCACCCGGCCAAGGACCGCGAGGGCACCAAGCUGAGCCUGGCCGUGGCGCACACAGGGGUGCUGGUCUUUCAGGGACACACUAAGAUCAACGCCUUCAACUGGUCCAAGGUGCGCAAGCUGAGCUUCAAGAGGAAGCGUUUCCUCAUCAAGCUGAGGCCAGACCUGAAUAAGAGCUCCUACCAGGACACGCUGGAGUUCCUCAUGGCCAGCCGGGACUGCUGCAAGGUGUUCUGGAAGAUCUGCGUUGAGUACCACGCCUUCUUCCGCCUCUUCGAGGAGCCCAAGCCCAAACCCAAGCCCGUGAUCUUCACCAGGGGCUCCUCCUUCAGAUUCAGCGGGCGCACCCAGAAGCAGGUGAUUGAUUACGUGAAGGAGUCCGAGUUCAAGAAGAUCCCCUUCGAAAGGAAACACAGCAGGGUCCGACACAACAGCCGGCUCUCUCCCCUGCCUUCCCCACGCCGACCAGAUGUGCCAAAAGAAACCGUGAGCAGCGCCCCUGUCGAGAGGCUGGACACGCCCCCCCGGCGCCACUGGAAGGAGUCCGUGCUGGUGAGCGCCGAGGACCCCUCGGCCCUCGGGCCCCGCCCCAGCCCCGCCUCCCAGAGGACCGGGCGCGAGGACCAGCCCAUCCCCGGAGAGGAGGACCCCCCGGGGCCCACCAGACCGCCGGAUCAUCUGAACCCAGGCGCGGUGUCUAACAGCCCCCACCUCUCCGCCUCCUCGGGGGCGUCCCAGUGUCUGGUCAACGGCACCCAGAGUCCGGACGGGCGCCCGCCCUCGCCCCUCACCAGCCCCCUGCUCCACGACGCCGGCAGCGUCCGCACCGACGACGAGGACGAGGUUCGCAGGAAGAGGUUCCCUACCGACCGGGCCUACUUCAUCGCCAAGGAGCUGCUGACCACAGAGAGGACCUAUCUGAAGGACCUGGAGGUGGUGACUGUGUCUUUUCAGAACGUGGUGGGGAACGACGAGGCCACCCCCGACUCCCUGAAGGCCAGCGUCUUCUCCAACCUGGACCCACUGUACCAGUUCCACUCCCACUUCCUGAGGGAGGUGGAGCAGAGGCUGGCGCUGUGGGAGGGCCGCUCCAACGCCCACAUCAAGGGAGACUACCAACGCAUCGGGGACGUGAUGCUCAAGAACCUGCAGGGGCUGAAGCCGCUGACGGCCCACCUGCAGAGGCAGGCCGAGGUGCUGCUGCAGCUGGAGGAGGCGUGCCGGGCCUCGCGCCGCCUGGAGGCCCUCUGCAGGGACUUUGAGCUGCAGAAGGUGUGCUACGUGCCCCUCAACAUGUUCAUCCUGCGCCCGCUGCACCGCCUGUCCCACUACAAGCAGAUCCUGGAGCGCCUGUGCAAACACUACCCGCCCACACACGGGGACUUCAGGGACUGCAGAGCUGCUCUGGCCGAUGUGUCUGAGGUGGUGGACCAGCUCCAGGGCAGCGUGAUCAAGAUGGAGAACUUCCAGAAGCUUCUGGAGCUCAGGAAGGAUCUGAUUGGUGCCGACAAUCUAGUGGCUCCAGGAAGGGAGUUCAUCAGGUUAGGAUGCCUCAACAAGCUGUCUGGGAAAGGCCUCCAGCAAAGAAUGUUUUUCCUGUUCAAUGACGUCAUGCUGUACACAAGCCGGGGGAUGACGGCCACCAAUCAGUUCAAAGUGCACGGGCAACUGCAGCUCCGUGGCAUGACAAUCAGGGAGAGUGAGGAUGAAUGGGGUGUUCCUCAUGCCUUCACCCUGAAUGGACAGCGCCAGUCAGUAGUCGUGGCAGCCAGCUCUGGGACAGAGAUGGAGAAGUGGAUGGAGGACAUUAAGAUGGCCAUCGACCUGGCAGAGUCCUCCAACGGCCUCUCCUGUGACCAGCCGGCCCGCUGCCUGACCGACGGCAAAUCCCCCGAGGACUCCUCGGCGGAGGCGGAGUCAGAAAACGACCUGUCGGCGUCGCGCUCGUCCCUGGAGCGGCCGGCCCCUCACCGUGGUAACACCACGGUGCACGUGUGCUGGCACAGGAACACCAGCGUGUCCAUGGUGGACUUUAGCAUAGCUGUGGAGAACCAGCUCUCUGGGAACCUGCUGAGAAAGUUCAAGAACAGCAACGGCUGGCAGAAGCUCUGGGUGGUCUUCACCAACUUCAGUCUGUUCUUCUACAAGACCCACCAGGAUGACUACCCCCUGGCCAGCCUCCCUCUGCUGGGCUACUCCGUCACCAUCCCCUCGGAGGUGGAGAACAUCCACAAGGACUACGUCUUCAAGCUGCAUUUCAAAUCCCACGUGUACUACUUCAGAUCAGAGAGCGAGUACACCUUCGAGAGGUGGAUGGAGGUGAUCCGCAGUGCCACGGUGCCCUCCAGUCGCACACGCGUCCUCAGCAGGAAGGAGUCCCACCAGUACUGAUGCUCAGGAGGCUGUCGCUCACCCUCUACCGUCACCCCCCUCCCUCUCUCUCCCCCCAGCCCACUGACCCUCCCCCCAGCCCACUGUCUCU